AUGAAGCUACGUAGUUAAACAUCCAUUUAAGAGAUUGCUCAUUUCAGGAGUAGACUAGUCUUUGAUAAAUUUGAAAACAUGAAUUCGAAUUAACAAUAAAAAUGUUAAAGUUUCAACGCUUUUGAAAUUGGUACACCAAAAGCAAGAAAAUAGAAAAAAACUAAAACAAACAUAAUUUUGAGAAAUGAAGAAAGUGUUUUUGGCUAGAGAUUCGACAAUGAUAAUUUAUCAAAAAAGGAUAUCUCUUCUGUCAAAUAUACAUUCGGAGCCAGAUCUGAAAAACCUAAAAGAGAAGGCACUAAUAAGGUAAUGAUUGUAGCGAGUUUAGAUUGUUUAAUAAAUAAAUGAGAAGGUUUAGAAGCAAAAAUACAAGUUUGCUUAAGAGAAAAUGAAAUGUAAAACUGAGAAAACCUUUAAUAAUAGUGAUAAUUAAUUCUAUAAAAUGAACAAGAGAUAUGAAAAAACUAAACUAAAGACUGAAUAAAUUUAUUUAGUUGAUCUCUAUAAAAUUUAUGGUUAUUAAAGGUUGAAAUAUGAACUGAAUGUAAUUUUUUAUUUAAAUAGAUUUAUCAAGAUAACUAUAGUUUUUUGAAACUUAGAAAAUUCAUAAUCAAAGUUAUAUAUGGAAUACUAAUCAUUUUAAAUUGCAUGCAAAGAACCAUCUUUUACAAAUUAUUUAUGUCAAUUAUAAUAUUGGUGAAUCUCGUAAUUUUUGUAUCCAAAAUCUUAUCUAUAGAAGAUGAUAAGUUUGUUAUUUAUGAAAUAAGUAAUGCAAUUUUAUUAAAAUUAGUGGUAAUAUACGUGUACAUUGCUGAUUAAGUAUUUCGCAUACUCUCAAAAGGAAUAAUAGGACACAAACAUGCAUAUUUCAGAGUUGUUAAAAACUGGUUUGAUUUAAUUUUAACAGUCUUGCAAAUUAUUACUACUUUGAUUCCCAUUAUAGAUGUUGUAGACUUUUCACCUUUGAGAUUAAUUACGUUGCUUUUGUAUUUAGGAGAUUUUGUGCCAGGUAUAAAUUAGUUUAAUUAGGUUUGAAAAUUAUGUUAUAAGCUCUUGGAAAAUCAUUUAAAUACCUGGUCGAAGCUUUAAUUAUUGUGAUUAUUUUUGGUUUGUUUUUUGCAACCCUUGGUCAAAGUCUAUUUCAUGGUCUAAUAAACUAUAGAUGCUUGCCUAGAUAGUAUGAUUCUCUUGAUGAUUAACCAUGGAUUUCGUGUAGAAUCACCUCUUGUCCGGAUGAUUUGGUUUGUUAAUAUGUUUCGUAAGGACCAAAUAUCCCAACAUCUUUUAAUAAUGUCUUUUCAUCUUAUGCUUAAGUCUUGAGAACAAUUACGAUGGAUGAUUGGACAUGGGUCAUGUAUUUCACCCUUAAAAGUUAUGGUACCUACAUUUGGGUGUACUACUUAUUGAUAAUCUUUUUUGGUGGUUUCUUUGGAUUUAAUUUAGUUAUUGCAGUCUUAAAAAUUCAUUAUAGUUAAUAAACUAAUCAAAAAUUAAAUCAAUUUGAAGAGGAUGAUGAACAUCAAAAGGAGGAGAAAUUAAAUUUAUAAAUUCUAAAAUAAUUUGGUUUGUAUCAUCCUAUUUUAUAAUACAAAAUGUAUUUGAAAGGGGAUCAUUAAUUAGUAAGUCGAAGUUUUUGUUCAAUAACAUCAUCUAUUUAGUCAGAAUAACCUCGUAUUCUAUCAGGAAAACACUAUUCUAAAUAUGAAAACAAUUUUUAAUUCUUGUAGUAAUUCUCAUUAAAGACAUUAUUGUUGCCUAAAUUUGUGGAUAUUAAAAAAUAUUAGAAUGUACUUUAGGAUUUAUAUGACAAUUUGAGUGAGAAACCCGAUAUCAACAUGUAGUGUCUAACUCAUAAUGAAUUUACAAGAUAUUGGGCAAAUGCAAAAAAUGAAGAAUAUGUUUCAAAUAGCGCAUCAGAUGUUAUUUAGUGCAAAUAAGAUUUUAGUUAGAAAGUUCAAAAACGAAUUUUGGAAUUUAGAUAUCAAGCAAAAAUUAAGAAUAAAUAGAAAAAUUCGAAUGAACUCAAAUAAUUUCCAAUACUUAAGAGCAGAAGAUUAAAAGAGAAAAUAGCAUCAUUUGCCUCAAGUGGUAUUACAUUGAUGGACAUUCAUCAUCAUUAAUCUAGGGUUACAUCGCAAUAAUAAACUACAUCGAUCCAUCCUAAUAAUAUAUUUAUUUCAACCUAAAACAAGAAGAGUACCAGUGCAUUUAUUUUGCAUAAGGAGAAGGAAAUUUAUGUUAAAAUUUAUGGAUUCUAUCAUAAUUACAAAGCAGUAUCUGAGCUGAUCAACAAAAAAAUACAAAUUAGAAUUGCUGAUGAGAUAAAAAAUUAUGAGGAGAAAUAUUCAUAAAUAAGAAUGUCAGAAAUGUAGACUGGAAUUAUAGAAUCCAAAAAUUGUUCCAUAUCUAGUGUUAUUAAUAAUUAUGAACACAAAAAUAUUAUUAAAAAUUCUUUAAAUCAUAUUGACUACUUAAUUUGGUUAAUAGGAAUAAGAGGGAAAAUCAAAAUUAUUAGGAAGAUAACAUUUAUGAUAAUUACUAAUAAAUUUACAAAUUUCUUUGUAGAUUGCGUAAUUUUAGUUAACUUUUUAUGUUUGAGUUUGAUAGGGAUAAUAUCUAAUUAAUUUCUUACAGUUAUUGAAGAUUUUACAACAAUAAUAGUUUCAAUUGAAUUUGCAUUAAAGUUGAUCUCUUAUUAAACAUGUAAUCAAUGUAUUUAUUAUCAUUCUAGCAAAACUAGCUUAAAAAGAAUAAGUAAUCUUCGAAUCCAUCAUUAUUUUAAUUAAUUUUUAUGAAAUGUCCUUUAGAUAGAUUCUAAACUAAUAAGACAUAAUUGCCAGAUUAUUAAGGGGUACCAAGAUUCUCUUAUUUCACAGAUGUUUAAAAUAUAUUAGAAUGGCUGUGCUCAUAGGUUUGAUAGCAAAGAGAACAUUUAAGUAAUAUAUCUAUUUGACAUUUUUAAUGUUUCUAAUGAUUCUUAUAUAUGGUUUAUUGGGUAUGGCUGUUUAUGCAAGUAGCUUUGAUGAAACAGAACUACUUGGACAUUUACAUUCUUACAAGGAUCCUUUAAAGUCUUGGAUGACUGUGUUUAAUAUAAUGACAAAUGAUGAUUGGUAUGGUGUAUUGGCAUUAGGAUCAAAAGUUAAUCAAAUAUUUGCAUUUGUCUACUCCUUUUCAAUGAUUCACUUUCUAAAUUAUAUUACUUAUGGAUUAGUGAUGGCUAUAUUGUUGGAUGGCUUUGGGGAAUAUUUAAUCGAGAUAAAGAAAGAUUAAGACAUUAUGUUUAAAGGUGAAACAUCUGAUCAACAAGAUUCAGAUUCAGAAGCCGAAGAAAAUUAAAAGGAAAAAGAGAAGGGAACGGGGACAAAAUCACUUAAGGUAUUGUCUUAAAACCAAUCGGUUUAGAAGGAUACUCAAUAUGGUUAUCUUUUAGAAUCCAUCUGUAAAAUAUUGAUAUAUUCGUAUAGAAUAAUUAGUCAAACAGAUAAAAACAAAGAGGAGAAAGAUCUACUUAGGAAUUAAGUGCAAAGAAUCCUUAUUUUUUUUUGAUAAGUUCAAUCAAUAGAGAAUCUUCUGUGUGAAAACCAUUCGAUCAGAGCUCUUCUAUUGGAGUAGAUUAGGGUUGAAUUUAGGGUUUAUAGUUUUAAUUGCAAUAUAAACCUAUCAUGUGGAAUAUAUGGUAGUUGUCGACUCCUUGAUUCUGAUAACUAAUCUAUUAAUAACAGUGUAGACAAUGAUGCUUAUAAUUGCACUUGGAUUAUUUCAUGAGAAAGGAUCUUAUAUACAAGUAAUUCUAAUUUGUUAUAUAGCACAUUUGGUAAAUCAUAGACAUAAUGUAUUUGGUCUGUUAUUAUCUGUAAUUGAUAAAUACUGAAAGUAGAAUAUUGCAUUUAUUUUUGUAUCUAAGAUAUUUGAGACCAUUCAAAUUAUUGUAUUCAUUUACACCGAUAGUUAAAUUGUAUAAUUCUUUAGUGGCUGCCUUAUAUAAUAUGAGUAAUGUAUUAGUAACACUAUUAAUAAUAUGGACAAUGUUUGCAGUGUAUGGUAUGAUACUCUAUUAAAAUAAAUUUGGAUUCUGUGAUGAUUUGAUGUAGUUUGAUAUAAAUAAAUAAUAAUGUGAGGAUGAAGGUAGAAGAUGGAUAACUUAUUAACAUAAUUUUGAUAAUAUUACAGUUGCUUUGCCUACGUUGUUUGUGAUAUCAACAUUUGAUGGUUGGGGAGAGAUCUUACAAGUGGCUGAAAAUUCCAGACCUUCUUAUUAAGGUCCAUCUCCUUUUGCAAACCAAUUGCCUACUUAUAUCUAUUUAACUCUAUUCUGCUUUAUAGGUUCAAUGUUUUUCUUAAGUUUAUUUACUGGUUUAUUGUUCCUAAAUUUAAAAGCAAGUUAAUAGAAAAUAGAAUAUGAUGAUUUAACAGUCUAUCAAUAAGAAUUCAUAUAGGUCUCACAAAAAAUUCUUCGGGAUUCACCCUCAUUUUCAUAGCCUCCCAGAAAUAUCAUUAGAAGAAUAGCUUAAAAAUUGAAUAGCAAUUCAUACUUCUAAUAUUUAUCGUUUCUUAUAUUAAUACCAGAUACAAUAAUUUAGAUGUCAUUUUAUUAAGAUAUGGAGGUUGAAAUUGCAUUAGAAUUGAACAAGUACCAUGAGAUAAUAUCUGUCCUAUUUACUUUUUGGGUUAUAGUUUAAUUAUUAGAUUAUGGAUUUAAGAGAUUUAUAGAUGAUUAAUGGAGACAAUUCUAUUCAUUCAUAGUCAUAAUCUCGUUAUUUGAAUUGAUUGCUACCUAAAAAUAUGAUCUAUUUAGAAUUCAAUUUACAUCUACAAUGUUCACUGAGAAUUAUCAGAUUAUUCGAUUAUUGUUUGCUUUAAGGAAUCUUAGAAUUCUAAUAUUAUUUAAAGGAUUUGAUGAUCUACAAAGAUUGAUCAGAGUAAUGAUUUUCUCAUUUCCAUUUCUGGGAAAGAUAUUAUUUAUUUUGAUUGUAACAACAUUAUCCUAUGCUUUGUUGGGAUGCUAAUUAUUCGGACAUAUAGACAAGGGAGUCAUUAUAGAUUCUUAGAUCAAUUUUUCAACUUUCACAAGUUCUUUAUUGACUUUAUUAAAGUGUGGAUCUUGUGAUAAUUUUAGAAGCAUAAUGACGGACACAAUGAUCCAUAAUAUAUACUGUUAUGAUGAUCCUCGUUAUUGUGGGUCUUAAUUUGCAUAAGUUUACUUUAUUUCCUUUGUGUUUAUAUCAAACUAUGUUCUAUUAAAUUUGUUUGUCUUGGGAUUAAUUGAACAAUUCGAGAAAUUCUUUUAAUCGGAAAACUCAAUUCUUUAAGUGUAUAUUGAAUCCAUUGACAAAAUAAAAACUGUUUGGUGUAAGUAUUCAUAUCAAAGACAUGGAUAAGCAAUACAUUACUUAUAGAUUUGUAAGUUUCUGUUAGAAAUUGGUUAACCAUUUACUCAUGUUAAGGAUAACAUUUGGGAUGCUGCACGUUUUGCUGGAUACUUAAAAAUUAGAACUGAUGAUUAAGGCUACAUCUAAUUCAACUCUUUAAUUUAUGAAAUAUUCAGGCGCACAUUUAAAUAGCAAGUUUUUAAGUAAGGAUCUGAAGAUUCAAUUAAGAUAAUUAAAAAGUUCAAUAAAGAGAUGCAAAUGAGACUGUUUUAUUUUAGAAGGGACAAAUUACAAAAAAGAUCAUUUAUAGCAACUUAUGUCGAAUUCAAUAGUAAUUUUAGCAUUGCCAGUGAUUAUCUUUCAAUUUUAGUUAUUUUUAAAGCCUGGCAAAACUAUACCAAACAAUUAAUAAGAAGAUCUAAACUAGAACAAGAGGAUUUUUCUGAUAAUUCUUCAUUUGGACAAGAAGUAUAGUAAUAUAUUAUAUUUAUCAUAUAAGAGAUAUUGACAUAUUCUCAAGAGUAGAUGAGGAGGAGGAACAAAGCCAGGAAAAUCUGACUCGGAAGAUUCCCUCGAAUCCCAUUAAAUCUAAUCAAUGUUUGACCUUCGAAAGCGAUCACAACAUAAAUUUAAAGAAAUUGGAUUUACCAAUUUAUCAUGAAAACGAACUUUAUUUUACUCCCAAAAGAGAUGUUUCUAAAAUGGCUUCAAAUCUUCUUCAAUAAUUGCAGAAAAGAUCUAUAAUCAAACCAAAAAAAGAUGCAUCCACUCCAACUUCUAUUAUCAAAUCGUCGACUAAGAAGGUUGUAUAUCCUGCAGACAUAAUAUUAAAUCAACAGAUCCCUCAGAAUAAUUAAAGCAAUCUCAAUUUAAGUGCGAAUAACUCUUUUAGAUCAUUUAUAUCGCAUAGUGAAUCGUCAUUAUCUUCAUUUGAUGGAAUACCUGGAAUGAUAAUCUGA